AUGAAGUACAGCAAAAGCUCUCGUGCAACGUGUAAAGGCCCAUUACCUUGCAAAGGCACGCCUAUUUUAGCAGGGAAUCUCAGAUAUGGUCAAGUCGUCUCGGGGGAAUAUGGUGACAUGGUUGAAUGGCGUCAUUGGGGUUGUGUAACGCCAAUUAUCUUGGGUGCAUUAUCUGCCCAAAAUCCCCGUAACAUCAAGGGUUACGAUAGCUUGAAGUCGGAGGAUCAGCAGAAAGUUCGCCGUGCCAUUUCUAAUCGUUGCAUUGAUGCAACAGAUAUUCCGCCCUCAGUCCGGACCCUCGUGGCUCCCCCAGUUGCCAGAAGUAAUGUCACGGCAGGUUCCAGUCAGAGAAAAAGGAAGGCCUCUUUUGAUCCAGGGGUUUCCUUUGCGUCUCCCUCACAGUCCAAUUCAUCACAAGUACCACAUGUGGGGCGUUAUAAUCAUCACAUGCCUAUCUCAGAAGAUAGCGACGAUGAAGUCAUCUUGAUUGAGGAUCCUAGAGAUGAGUUGUACUGUGUUAUGCAGGCUAGUGUAGUUGGCGUUCAAUACUACAAAGGUCUGGUAGGACCAGGUGAAGAAGUAAGGCUCAUCAGAGAACCUCAUAAUAGAUAUGAUAGAAAUGCCAUUCAAGUAAUGAACAUUGGGGGGACACAGGUUGGGCAUAUACCUCGAAAUAUUGCUUCUAAAUUAUCACCUCUGCUCGAUCGUGGCUCUGUGACGGUAGAGGGGGUUAUGCGCGAAGGCAACUUAACCAGAUCUAGCUAUUCCCUUUCAAUGACUUUGAAAAUAUAUGGAGCCUCUGACAGGCGGGAUCAGCUCGAACCGCAGCUCAUUUGGGCAACCCCUCACCAACGCGGCUUCCCUCCUCGCGGGUCUGGCGCGGUACCUGGGGCUCCCGUCUCAAGUGGAAGAGCAUCAGCAAGUGCUAGCAGCUCUUCAGUGUCCCGCCCCAGCACACAACAGGCAUCGCAAAGAGGUUUAAGCGCUGCCCAAGCUCGAGCUCAACAAGAAGCCUCAAGAAGGCAACAAGAGGCCAUUCAGAAACAGCAGGAAGCCCUGCAGAAAGCUUCGGAACUAAAGGACAUGUUGAAUACUCUGGAGAAAGUGGAUGACGAAGGAAGGCGUACUUCGCUGCUGGAUACGUUAUGCUCCAAGGAUGACAUUCUGAAUCUACCUAUACAUCCUAGUCCACCAGGCAUUCAAAGCGGUGACUUGGUAGUAGAUUUGUUGAAGCAUCAGAGCCAAGCAUUACAAUGGUGCAUUGAACACGAAUACCCUAAGCUUCCUAAACAAGAAUCCGACAAACCAGUUCAAUUCUGGCAAUAUAUGAAAUCAGGCUCAAAGUCCUACUAUUAUAAUAUCGCGACAAAAACUCCUCAAGAACUCACUAGUCCCCCACAGCUUGAGCGUGGUGCACUAGUAGGUGAUAGCAUGGGACUAGGAAAGACAUUGACUAUCCUUGCUCUUAUCCUUGCCACUAAGGAUGAUUUGCCUCCUAACCAUUCAAAGUGUACUCUGAUCGUGGUACCACUUUCGGUCAUGUCGAACUGGGAGAAACAAAUCGAAGAGCACUGCGUACGAGGCGCGCUAAGAUACUGUGUUUAUUAUGGGUCUGCAAGAAACAUGAGCCCAGAGGAGUUGAUGCAAUAUGAUGUGGUGAUAACUACAUACCAGACCGUGACUAGCGAAGAUCCCGACGCUAUAGCUGUCAGUAAUGGGCCAGAGGGGCAUCCUAAGAAGAGGAAGAAAUCGAAAAAUGAGAAAGGUUUAUUCGAUGUCAAAUGGAAGAGGGUAGUUUUGGACGAAGGUCAUAAUAUUCGGAACCCAAAAACGAAGAUGGCAAAGGCUGUAUGUAAACUAACUGCGCAGAGGCGCUGGGUAUUGUCUGGGACUCCGAUUAUUAAUUCUCCCAGAGACUUGGGCUCGAUCCUUACUUUCCUCCAGAUUUGCCGACCUCUUGACAAUGAGGAUUUCUACAAAAGACUCCUGCUUCGGCCACUCAAAGAUGGAGAUCCUGUAGGUGCUGAACUUCUUCGUGCACUGAUGAGUCAUAUCUGCAUACGUCGGACCAAAGAGAUGCAAGAUAGUGAAGGAAACUAUCUUGUGCCUUUACCACCUGUUGAAAUGACUCUAGUACCUGUUACACUAAAUGACGAAGCCAGGGCUCUGUACGACGCGGUCGAGCAAGUAUCCCAGCAAAAGGUUGAGAACAUCAUGAAUCAAAAUGGAGGCAUGAAUACAGUUGUCACUACUAACGUUCUUAGCAUGUUAACCCGAUUACGGCAACUCGCCCUUCACCCUGGACUCGUUCCUUCUGAUUACUUGGAACAAUUGCGCGCAAACGAGGAUGCCCCUCACGCUGCCAUAGAAAUUACCCCUGCUGAAAAAUUGCGACUGCAAGCUUUGCUGGCCCAAUUGAUUGAAGAUAGCGAGGAAUGCCCCAUCUGCUUCAGUAUUCUCACUGAACCUCGUAUAACUAGUUGUGCCCACUCUUUCUGCUUUGCUUGCAUCCAAGAGGUCAUAGCCCGAGAUCCCAAGUGCCCUAUGGAUCGCCGUCUCAUAGGCAUGGGUGACCUCAUAGAACCUCCACCACCCACAGAGCUCACUCAGGUUCUAGUGCGCCAAGAGGAAAACGAAGACAACAAUGCACUUCGGUCUGGCUCUUCUGCGAAGAUAGACCAAUUAGUGCAUCUUCUACAACUCACGCCCGCCAAUGAGAAAUCCCUUGUUUUCUCUCAGUUCACUUCUUUCUUAGACAAGCAUGGAAUCUCAUACGUUCGAUUUGAUGGGCAGAUGUCAGCAAAGAGACGCCAAGAAACUCUCGAGCGUUUCUGUGUCCCAUUGGAAGAUGCUCCAGCUUCUACGGAGACACCUCUCCCUCCCUCCCUUAGGACACGCCGCUCCGCACGGGCCAUCUAUACCGACGAUUCCUUAAUAAACGACGAAAAGGAUGCCAGCUUUGUUGCAGAUGGUGCAGACCACGACUUUGAUGGUGAUUUCUUGGCUCCCACAAGGUCUCAGAAGGUCAAGGGCAAAGGCAAGUCCAGGGCUAAGACGAGUGCAAAACCCACCUUCAAGGAUUCUUUUUUCACGGGAGAAAACCCAAAAGUUAUGCUCAUUUCUUUGAAGGCGGGGGCUUUAGGUUUGAAUCUCACCGUUGCCAAUAAUGUGUACCUGUGGUGGCAGGAGGGUAUUGAGAGCCAAGCAAUUGACAGGUGUAAUCGGAUUGGCCAAAAAAAACCAGUCCAUGUCUAUCAGUUGAUUGCAGAAAACACUGUUGAAUCUAAAGUUAUCGACAUCCAAGAAAGGAAAAAACUAUUGAUCCAACAAGCUUUCUCUGGAAUCAAACGCACAGAAACACAGCGUCAGAAAAAGGAGGCGAGGUUGCAAGAUCUUAUCGAGCUGUUCGGAAUCAGACAACAAGCAGCCUCUUCUCAGGUAGAGUAACAUUUAAAUUAGGCGCAAGCCCCGUAACUUUCUAUACAUGCUAUAUGGUGUAAAUACAAUUUUCAAUCUAUAUUCUGUUUUCAAGUCCUUGACAU